UACUGGGAUCGUGACUGCUGUUGUUGAAUGAAAUCAAUGUGCUUGUGUUUGUGCUUUAAAAUUUCUCAAUUUGUGCAUUUUUUUAUUUUUGCCCGAACAAAAAAGUCAAUUAAGACUGAAAGAUACUUUUUAGGGCUAUCUAUAUUAUUUUUAACACUCAAAGGCGAGUUUUAAUUAACCCAUUGUUACUUGCACAACUCUCACUUGCCGAUUAAAAUCAAGGUGAUCAGCCCUUAGGCAUCCUCUUAGCUGAGAAUGUCUUCUUAUGGUGGUGAAAAUGGAUUUUAUUAUGGCAAUCAUUACCUCACAAUGUGUGUAGAACCACAGACAUUAAAUGUUGAUACUUUAAACAAUGUUGCUGCUGCGAAACGUGAAGAUAGCAGUGCUAAUGCAAUCAUCGGUUCUCACUACCAAGAAAAACGGAAAAAUGAUCCUUGUAUCGUUACUCUAUCAACUGCACAAACGCAAUCUAAUGCAAAUCAAGAUGCAUUUGUCCGAAAUGAAGACGAAAGUGAUACCAAUAAACUAGUAGUAAUGGAAACAGAAGAGGACAAUACACAACCAGAACUUGAUAUAAUAGUCAAUAAUGUUGUUGCUAUAUUUAAUGUGAGAUGUCACUUAAAUCUACGACAAAUUGCAUUAAAUGGAGCCAAUGUCGAGUAUAGAAGAGAGAAAAAUGUGGUCAACAUGAAACUGAGAAAGCCAAGAGUAACAGCUAAAAUCUUUUCAUCCGGCAAAGUUACCUGCACUGGAGCUACAAGUGAUGAAGAUGCUAAAACAGCAGCUAGAAAAGUUGCCAGAAGUCUGCAGCAAUUAGGAUUUAGAGUUAGAUUUACUGAUUACAGAGUAGUCAAUGUGUUAUGUACCUGCUAUAUGUACUUUGGCAUAAAUCUUCUCAAGUUUACUGAAAAGCAUAGACAGUUGACCUGCUAUGAACCUGAGUUACAUCCUGGAGCUACUUAUAAAAUUAAAGAGCUUAAAGCAACUUUGAAGCUAUUUACUACAGGAAGCAUUACUAUUACUGCUCCUAGUGUAGAGAAUGCUCAGAAAGCAGUUGAACAUAUCUUCGAAUUGGUGUAUGAAUUCCGAACUCCAAAACCACCAACUAAGAAUUCUCAAUGCCACAAUAACCUGAUGUCUUUGAAAAAGAAGAGUAUAUUUCAAAUUGGUUAUUCAAGUUCCGAUCAAGACAGUGAUAUUGAUUUAGAAGACAGUGAUGGUAGUUUUGACUAAUUAUCUAUUAGUUCCUAGACUAGUCUUGUUGCAAAACAAUCUAUGUGAACCUCAAAAUAAACUGUGUAGAACUGAAUUCGUAUCAAAAGUUUUAUAUGCUUUACUAAAUUAAAGAGACUUGGGUUUAAUAUCUUCUGCUGUGUUGUUUGUAAUUGUUUUGUAUCACGUGAGAUGGUUUUUUUUCUUUGGUUGAUUAUGUUAUAAGGCUUUUGUUUUGAUAGUUGUAUAAUUUUUGUUUCUAAUGCUCAGUUGCUUAAAUUAAAUGCGUUAUUUACUGUUACUAUUUAAUUUAUCCCAAGCUCCUGUUACUGUAACAGGUAUAGCCACCAUAUCCUAGGAUUCGUGGUGAUGCAAGAUAAUCCUGUGCAGAAGUAAUGUGUCUUUAAAUUUAUUUAAAAAAUAGUAAUACAAUUCUAGAUCUUUUAAUCGUUUUUAUGAAAAUUGUAAGUUAUUGGUGUUUCAAUAUUUUGCUUUUUAGAGUAAUGAAAUUAGAUAUCUAGAAUGCUUACUAUACUCAAGAAAAAGUGUCUGUUUUUUCUGAAAUUAAUAAUAUUUUUUUUCUAAAUUUUAUUUUCUGGGAGAAAUUUUGUUACAUUAAUUGUACUUUUGCUGUUUCUACUCUAAUAAUUUAUUUCAUACUAAAAACAAAUAAACAAAGUUUCUAUGUUAAACUGGGAAUCCCGGUUUUACGUUUUCCUUUCCUACGUUAUCCCACUUCCUAUGUCAUUUUCUGCUGAUCUCUGAAAAUAUCCUAUACUGAUAAUGUUAAAAUAUACUAGAUUCUAAAUUACAUUAUUUAAAAAAAAUCCUGCUUUAUACAUUUUUGUAACUGAUCAAGAUAAUUUUUUCUACAUAAAGUAAACACAAACUUUAUCCAAUCUUUUUCUUAUUUUCUAAAAAAGAAAGUCUUAUUUCUCAGCUGUUUGAAAUUGUUCUGAUAUUCUUUCUAUUCCAUUUUGUUGUCCAUUUUAUGCGUGAGGGGAUUUCUCUCCUAAGUCAAAAUCAGAAAUGUGCUGGGAUGGGCAAAGCACGUUACCUUCAGUAAAGGAAGCUGAAAUUAUAAAAUUUGCUUGUGGAAUUUUUCCCAUCAAAGUUCAACUAAUGAAUCUUGGAAUAAUCCUUUCAUUUAAAGAAUCAAUUAGGAAAUCAUUUUUCUUCUUCUUGAUUCUGGUGACCUGCAAGAUGAUUCUAAAAGAGAAGCAAAUGUUCUGUAAGCUCCAGAUUUGAUUUCUAAGCAUUUGACAGUGUCAUUUAAAUUGCAUUAAAAGUGAGUUAAGUAAAGAAUUCAAAAUUUUAAUGCAAUUAAAAAUAGUACUUCCAAUGAAAAAACACGUUUAGCAGCAGUGAAUCCAAAA